AGAGAAAACACCAACUACAAGUGUCAUAGUUCCUCCAUCAAAUAAAUCACCUCAAGUUGAUUUAUCACCAAACGUCGAACUUCCAAUAAACACAAUAAUCAUGAUCACAAUCAUAUCGACCGAUGAUAAAUUGAAUGCUAAAGGCGUCACCGUUGGGGUCAUUGCUUGUGUUCAGCCAACAACAGCAUCAUCAAAUACAAUUGUAUCAACAAGUCCAUUGACUUCUCCUUUCAGUUCAAGUGAGCAUUCAACAAAACCUGGUGCAGCUUUGUUCACGACAGUUACUCCGACAUUAACAACUUCAAUUCAAUGCAUUUAUUCGGAUUGGACUGAUUGGACAUCAUGUACGGUUACAUGUGGUGAAGGGCAACAAGCACGUGCACGUAAUAUUAUAGCUGGAUUCUGUGCUGAACCUUUAUCAGAAACACGUAGUUGUAAAAUGGAACCUUGUCCGUGUAUAUUCACACGAGAUAUUUACGUUUCUACGUUUCAAGAACUUCCUCCUCUUGAUAAUUUUGUUGGGUGGAUUGAGAAAGAUGAUCAAACAGGUUACACUAAUUUAACUGAAGCCGUUCAUAUUGGUGAUCAUUUGGAUAAUAAUACAAUAAUUCAUUCAUAUAAUUGUAAUGAGUUCAUUUGUAAAGAAUCAAGUCUUGUAUCUUUACCGGAUACAAAUUGCAAUAAAGACUGCCAAUUCGAACCAUGGUCGAGUUGGACAUCAUGUAGUUUAACAUGUGGCGGUGAUGGAAUUCAAACUCGAUCAAGAGGUAAAAUUCCAGCUGUAGGUGAUGGUAACGACUGUGUUGGUCCAGAAACGGAAAGUCAACCAUGUACAACACCACCUUGCAUUGGAGCAUGUUUAACAACUGAUUGGACAGAUUUUACACCAUGUUCAAAAUCAUGUGGUUUGGGUUCACAAAAAAGAACAAGAAAUUUCAUAUCACAACAACCUAAUUGUACAGAUUCACUUCUUGAAGUUCGUGAUUGCAAUAUUGACUGUUGUCCAGUGGAUGGUAGUUGGUCACCAUGGUCACAAUGGAGUAAUUGUACAGCUGAUUGUAAUGGUGGUGAACGAACACGUACACGUCAGUGUAAUCAACCAGCAUCAGAAUGCAAUGGAGCACCUUGUGAAGAACCAUCAACACAAUCUGAAUCAUGUAAUACUCAAUCAUGUACAGGUGAUACUUGUACGGAUGGUAAAGUUCUUAGUAAUUGUUCAAAUUCAUGCGAUACUUCCUGCUCAACAUUAACUUGCAAUGGACAAUGUUCCGAACCAGAACUUUGCCAAAUAGGAUGUGUUUGUGCUAAUGGUACAGUAAUGGAUGCUAAUGGAGAUUGUGUCGUACCAUCAACAUGUCAAUGUACACAUGAAGAUCGAAUACUCUUACCAGGACAGACAAUUAAUGUACCUGAUAAAUGCCAAGAAUGUACUUGCCAAAAUGGUUGUGUUACAUGUAAAACAGUUCCUUGUAUUGAGCAAUGCACAUAUUCUGAUUGGUCACCAUUUGGUGAAUGUUCGGCUCCAUGUAAUGGUAUACAAUCUCGUUAUCAAACUUUACAAGGACCUAAUUGUGAUCGAAAUGAUACGAGAAUUGAAAGUCGGCCAUGUAGUACAGCAACAACAAGUUAUGAAAAAGGUUGUUCAACAUGUACAUGUUUAAAUACAACUGAAGAAAAAUGUGUUACUAAUUGCGCUAUUACAAAUGAAACAUGUUCUCAAAUUGAAGAUCCAUUAUUUACAUAUAAUUAUGCACCAUCAACGGAUGGUUCAUGUUGUGGUUCAUGUGUUAAAGUUCCUAAGCCUGAAAUUUGUUCAGUUCAUCAAUUACCAGCUGAAUUUGUUACUAUUGACAAUUGUAUUUCAACUGAAAAGAUCUCUCAACAACAAUGUUUAGGUGGUUGUAUAUCGUAUUCAAUGUCUGGUUUUAAUUCUCCACGAAGCAAUUGUCGUUGCUGUUCACCAGCUACAACAUCAACAAUACAAGUUAAAAUGACAUGCACCGAUUCUAAUGGUGAUACAACAAUUAUGUCGAAACCUUAUGAAAAUAUUCUUACAUGCAGUUGUUCAGCAUGUGAAAAUACAAUUGGUGGUGAAUAA